UUUUUUUUUCCUCCAAGGAACCUAUUUAUGGAUUGUUUUGCGGUGGAUCUUCAGGUGGACCAUCUCCCAGACUUCUCAUGAGAGGGGAGUGAAUUCUCGGACCCCUCUCUGGCCCUACGUCUUCUCAGGUGGGAGAUGUCUGAGGAAAAUCUGGGGGAAGAGUCGGGAAGCUCCCCCGUCUCUCCUGUGGACAGCCUGAGCAACAGCGAGGGGGAGCCGGACAGACAGCCGAAGAGAGCCGGCGGGAGGAAGCGGAGGACGAGCAGAAAAAGCGGGGACGACUCGGACAGCCCGACACCGGGGAAAAGAGGGAAGAAGUCCGGCAGCAGCAGCCCCCAGUCCUUCGAGGAGCUCCAGUCGCAGCGGGUGAUGGCCAACGUCCGGGAGCGACAGAGGACCCAGUCCCUAAACGAGGCGUUCGCGGCCCUGCGGAAGAUUAUCCCCACGCUGCCCUCGGACAAACUGAGCAAAAUACAGACCUUAAAACUCGCUGCCAGGUACAUCGACUUCCUCUGCCAGGUGUUGCAGAGCGACGAGCUGGACUCCAAGAUGUCAAGCUGCAGCUAUGUGGCUCAUGAGAGGCUGAGCUAUGCCUUCUCCGUGUGGAGGAUGGAGGGAGCUUGGUCCAUGUCUACAUCUCACUAACAUCUGGAGACUUUUUUUAUUUUUUAUUUUUAUUAUUAUUAUUAUUUUUGC